UGCCUGCAGCAGUGUGUUGCUGUUGUUGUCAUGAGGAUGGUCAUCAUGUGAUCAGCUGAUUUCCUCAGUUUAAACUGCGACGUUUCUUCAUUAUCAUCAUCAUCAUCAGUCUGAAGCUUCGACACACAAACACACGCAUCAUGGAGCGUAAACUGGAUCUGUCACGACUGACGGACGAGGAGGCCAAACAUGUCUGGGAGGUGAUUCAACGAGACUUUAACCUCCGAAAGAAAGAAGAGGAGCGACUUGGGGAUCUGAAGACAAAGAUCCAGAAGGAGGACACCAAGCGAGAGCUGCUGGGUUCUCAGAGCCAGCUAUCAGACUCUCACUGCAUCCGCUGCCUGCAGCCCUUUAAGUUCCUGGUCAACAGUAAGCGCCAGUGUCUGGACUGCCACAUGUACACCUGCAAGUCCUGCAGCCGCUACAACAAGAAGGAGCACGGCUGGGUGUGUGACAACUGCCGCAUGACCAGGGUGCUGAAAAUCGGCACUCUUGGUUGGUACCACGACAACGUACGGAAUCGCUUCAAACGCUUUGGCAGUGCGAAGGUGAUGAGGUCAUUGUACAAGAGGCUGAAUGGAGACGGUGGUCGUGAUGACGACACUCAGAGUAUGCCGGAUGUCCGCAGCCAUGUGUAUAACGGUGCCGAGGACGACCACAUAGAGACCGAGGUUCAGCGCUACAAAGUGAUGAGGAAGAGCAAACGCUUGCUGUCAGUUCAUCCUCUGGACUUUGACCCCGAGGAAUAUUUCCCUUAUUCACGACGACCUUCUGUACAGCAGAUGCAGGAGGAUCGCGGGUACAGGAAUGACGUGGACUACGACAUGUACAACCACCGAGUGAACCGCAGGAAGAGUCUGGACCGAUACGCCAUGAGACCAGAUGACUACGGCGACAGCAGGAUGGUCCGGACUCGUUCUCUGUCUAAGAUCAGCUCCUCGGUUGCUCGGCAGCAGUACGUGGACACCUCGGACGAGGACGAAUACCCGAGGUACCCCCCAGCAUACCAGCAGUACCCCCAUCGUCGCAAGAACAGCAGAGCGUCCUCCCAGGAGAACCUGGGACAAGCCCCACCCAUGAAUGAGCUGAACAAACGAAUGUCGGCCAUCGAGAGUCUGCUGAACCGCCUGGAGGAGAAGAUGACACCUGCUGAUGAGACGGCGACUUCGUCGGUUCAGAACGAGGAGGAGAAGCUGAGGAGGAAGCUGAGCGAGCUGGCGGGGAACCUUAGUGAUAAGGGACUGUCCUCAGACGACGAGCCCGGGAAGAAGUCCUUCUCUGUGGGUAAAAGUCUGGCUGGUGUAAAGGGUGGCCCGGUGGUCACUCUGGACUCUCUGAAAGAUAAAGAGCUGAGCUCAUCCAGCGACGAGAUGCCCACCGAAGCUCAGAAGGUGUACAUGGCGGCCGGUCAGUCGUAUGAGCUGGAGACGAAGUUGAGGCGACUCGAGCAGAGCGCCAAGACUCGCUUCGGGGGGACGACAGACUCGGAGCUGUCGGAGCUGGAGGACGUGGUGGCGCUGACCGCCGCACGAGUCCAGAGCGCCGAGAGCGAGGUGUCGGAUAUCGAGAGUAAGAUUGCUGCUCUGAACGCUGCAGGAUCAAAGAAGAAGGUUUCUGGAUCUCAUCAGAGGAAAAAAGCACCCCAGGAUUUCUCCAAAACCAGUAACGGAGCCCAGUGGAAAUCCAGCAACAUGUUCUGAACCUGAAACCAGCUGGAAGAAAUCACGUCAUUGUUCUUCAUUUAUUUUCUUCCUGGAAGUUUUUUUUUCUUUUUUUUCUGCUGAAUUGUUGGAUUUAACGAAACUCUUCUUUGUGUGUCAAAGAGAAAAAUGUUCAGCAUUCACUAUAAAUUCAAACUAAUGAGACAAUGUUAAAGAUACUUCAUGCUGAAAUUCAACCUAAAACUGAAACAAAGACGUGUUAAUGCAACAUUUAUGUUCCUUGUUUUCAUAUUUUAUGUUUUUCAUUAUCAAAGAGAAAAAGAUUGGAUCUAGUAUUAGUUAUUCAGUUAUUAUUAUUAAAGUAAUAUUGUCACAUAAAUAAAAUAAAGAAAAAUGUUGAAAUACAGAAAAUUACAAAAUGUUAACUCUCCUAUAUUAAAUUAAAUAUGUGCAGAAUUUUGUCGCUCUUGACGUCCUGCGGGAUAAAAACGUUCAUUAAAAUAAUUAUAACAAUUAACAAAAUAAAUAAACUGAGUAUUUAAAAGAACAUUUUUAAAAAGUUCAUCGAUUUUUUUGGUUCAUAAACAAUCGUAGAGUUUACAGUGAAAAGAUCAGUUGUCCUCUGCGACGUGAAGAAAAAAUAUUUAAACAACAAAAAGAGAGCAAAUACAGUACGGAGGCGUAAAAAUGCCACGCAAAGAAAAACAAACAAAAAGAUCAGUAUCAGAUAAUGACAUGAAAAAUAUUUAAAAUAACGAGAUGUUUUUCACGUCAAAUAUAUUCUAAUGUAAAAACAUGAUAUUUCAACUUUUUACAUUACGUCAUAACCAGCAGCGUUUCACACUGGUCACCCGUACGCGUGUCACACUGCUGCGAACGCUGACAUUCAGAGAAAGUUUCCGUCUGGCUGCUGUACAUAAUGACGCCUCCCGGCUGUGAAUCAUACCGCCACUAAAGGUCUGAUGACAAAACCACUCACGAAGCAUCAGUAUUUGCCGACUUAAGAAAGAGCUGGAUAUUUCCACAUUAUAUCCAACUUUUCAUAUAAAAAAACAAAACAAACAAAAAACAUUUUUUCUUGUAAAAAACACAAAAACAAGAAACUUUUCUUGUAAAA